AUGGCAGAGAGUAAACGUAAAUUAUCCAUCUAUAAUGAUGAUUUCGAGGAUCCACCACCUUACAAUGAAGAAGUUGGAAGCACAAUUAACAGUGGUACAAGUACACCAACUUUGAAUGAAGAUUUGGUAGCUGCAGAAGCUUUGACUCAGUUGAAUGGUACUCCACCACCAACUACUCCCUUAUCAAAUUUGACCAUUGAAGAAAGACAACAUCCCAUAGUGAACAAAGUUUCCCAAGUUAGUAAACAUCCAUUAGUCACAAAUGCUUUUAAGUAUUAUGAGGAUUCUAAAGUUAAGUAUCCUCAUUUCAACUACGCUGCUGGAAUAGUCGAAAGAGCUGCAAUCCCUGUUGUUGCAAAGAUUGAAGAUAAUUUAAAUAACAGGCAUAUGAAGAGAAUGACCAAGAGAAAACUGAAAAAGAGAAAGGUUGUUGAUGACAAGAAUGAAACUAAGAAGAGGUUACAGUUUUGUUUACAUAUUUUGAGGUUAGCUAAUGAUCAGAUCAAUAAUCAAGUAAUUAACCUCCAACAAAAGAUAGUUGAGAGGGAAACCAGAAAUCAUUCCGAUCCUCAAUCACCUACUGCUGUAAACACCUUGGCUGUUGGUGAGAUCCCAAGUAAUGUGAUUAUCGAAGAAAAGCAGGAUAAACCAAUGGUUCAAACUCCAACACCAACUGAGACAGAGUUUACUGAAAACAACACUUCAGCUGAAGCUGAGAAGACAAAUACUGAAAUCAUUACAACUGUGAAAAAAAUAAUUCAUGUAAUUUCAAACUUCAAAACUAGUACUUUAACUAAUGACGUAGCGAGUGAAUCGAAUGAGUUGAAAUCCACAAUAAGAGAUAUCAUCCUUAAAUUACCAAGUCAAGUGCAACAAAAUAAUUGCCAUAACCCAACACAGACAAAUGAUAGGAUUUUCCUUUUUGCCAAAGAAUCCCUUGACAUGAUAGGAAGGUUAACAAAGGUUUUCAACGAACAAUUACAAAAAGCUGAGGACUGGAUCAAUUCUGAUGAACAACAGAAUCUCCAUGGGGAUGACGAUUCUUUAAAAACUCCGGUUCCAGAAAGGAUCAAUGACAAGUUUCCCUCUUUAGAUAACAAGAUCCAACUUUAA